CUUUCUCGCCCGUGCGAAGCGUCAACCAAGCAUGGACGCCGAGCGAUCGAAGAAGCACCGGGACUCGCUUGGUCGCGCCGAUGUACCCGUAUGGCUGUCGCCAGAUCGCAUCCCAGAGCAGUGGGAGACCGAGCUUAACCACGAGCUCAAUAUUAGCAUCGGGCGGCCCUUGAUAUCGUCGCCCCGCCACGGCGCCGUCUCGGGUGGCGCCAAGGGCGUGCACGAACUACUACAGCGCAAUCGGCAGUGGGCCGCCGAGACCGUGCGCGACUCGCCGUACUUUUUUGAGAAGCUAUCGCGAGCGCAGAGCCCCGAGAUCCUCUGGAUCGGCUGCUCGGACGCGCGGGUGCCGCCGAACCAGAUCCUGAACCUCAAGCCUGGUGACGUCUUUGUGCAUUCGAACGUCGCCAACGAAGUCGUGCACAGCGACCUCAACUGCCUCUCGGUCAUCGAGUAUGCGGUCGUGCAUCUGAAGGUCAAGCACAUCAUCGUGUGCGGGCACUACGGGUGCUCGGGCGUCAAGGCUGCCCUGAGUCGACAAGAGUUUGGCCUCGUCGACAACUGGCUCCGCUCGAUCAAGGACCUCUACAUCGAGCACAAGGCGCACUUUCUCGCGCUGGAGCAGCCGAAACAGAAGCUCAACUUGCUCACGGAGCUCAACGUCACCAAGUCGGUCUACAAUGUGUGCCACACCCGCAUUGUGCAAAAUGCGUGGAAGGCGGGCCAAGAGCUCAGUGUCCACGGCUGGUGCUACAGCAUUGAAGACGGCGAGAUUCGAGACCUGAACGUGACGAUGGCCGACGAGUCGUGCGUCGAGCCCAUCUACCAGCGCGCGAUGGAGAAGGAGGCGUCCGAGAUCCAAGCGAGCACCAAUAUUCCUCAGAGUCCGCGACGUUUGCAUUCUGGCCCGCACCCGCUCAAGACCGCCGACCUCUUCUAACUAGAACGCUUCGCCUCUCCAUAACUCUGCGACGAUAAGACAAAUCACAAUGCAGCGUCAGGUGGG